AUGGGCCCACAAACGAGGAUCGGGGCACGACCCGACCCCCCCUCCUCCUCCCCCGUCGGCGUCGCCUGGUGGCAUAGGAUCCGACACGAGGACCGGUGGUGGACCCGAGCGAUUCUGAAGCUCCGAGAGUGGUCGGAGAUCGUCGCCGGACCUCGGUGGAAGACCUUCAUCCGCCGAUUCAACCGGAGCAACCACCUCCAUGGCGGCGGGGAUCGAGAUCGGCACGGAAACGGGCAGUUUCAGUACGAUGCGUUGAGUUACGCUCUGAAUUUUGACGAAGGUCCAGUGGUGGAGGAUGGGGGUGUAGCCGACGAGGAUCGAGCUUACGGCGGAUUCAGGAGCUUCUCGACGAGGUAUGCGGCGGUUCCGCCGUCGAAUAAGAAGACGAUCGCCGGCGGCGGAGGGCAAAUGGAGGUUGGGAGAUUGGUGGCGUGACGAGAAGUGCGCGUAUCAGUGGCCAGCUAGCUAGAUUCGCCUUUUUUUUUAAAAAGUUUUUAAUUAUUAUUAUUAUUAUUAUUAUUAUGCUGUACAAAUCAUAAUGACGGUGCGUGAUAUUAUUGUUUAGACUAUAUUCUCUUAUAAUUGCUGCAUAGAAAUCUUUGGAAAUA